AUGGAAGCUGUUUUAGACUUUUCUCGGGAAUUGGAUAUCCAGCUCUUGGAUCAAGUUGUGGACACAUUCUUCAAGGGAUCUGGAGCAUCUCAAAAGGAAGCGCAAGAAGUGCUUACCAAGUUGAAGGAUCAUCCAGAUGCAUGGCAAAGGGCUGAUAAGAUCCUACAGUAUUCGAAUAAUCCACAAACAAAGUUUAUUGGGCUUUCUAUCUUGGAUAAAUUAAUUACCACGAAAUGGAAGAUGUUGCCUGAAGAUCACAGACUUGGGAUUCGUAAUUUCAUUGUUGGGAUGAUCAUUUCGUUAUGCCAGGAUGACACGGUAUUCCAGACGCAAAGAAACUUGAUACACAAAUCGGACCUUACUUUGGUGCAAAUUUUAAAGCAGGAAUGGCCCGAAAACUGGCCUGACUUUAUCCCAGAGUUGGUGCAAAGUUCUCAGGCGUCUGUCAAUGUUUGUGAGAACAAUAUGGUUAUAUUGAAGCUUUUGAGUGAAGAAGUCUUUGACUUUUCGGCGGAACAAAUGACUCAAGCUAAAGCAUUACAUCUAAAACAGUCAAUGGACCAACAAUUCGAACAAAUUUUCAAACUUUGUUUCCAGGUUUUAGAAACGGGUUCAUCGCCUUCUUUGAUGGUGGCUACUUUGCAGUCCCUAUUGAGGUAUCUACACUGGAUCCCAUACCAUUACAUUUACGAUACUGAUAUUUUGCAGUUGUUGAGUACCAAGUUUUUAAUCUCUGCUGAUACCAGAUCAGUUACCCUAAAAUGUUUGACUGAAGUGUCCCAGCUUGACAUUCCAGCAAACGACCCUAAGGUUGCAUCGUUGACCGUUAUGUUUUUCCAAAAUGCUCUUCAACAAAUUGCGUUGAAUGUCAUACCAGUAAAUGCGGACUUAAAGAACACAUAUGCGGCUGCGAACGGUAAUGACCAAUCUUUCUUGCAAGAUUUUGCCAUGUUCUUAACAACAUACUUGGCAAGACAUCGUUCUUUGUUGGAGCAAGAGGAAUCGCUAAGAGAAUUAUUAAUCACAGCUCACCAGUACUUGAUUGAACUUUCAAAAAUCGAAGAAAGAGAAUUGUUCAAGACGACUCUAGAUUAUUGGAACCAUUUGGUUUCUGCUUUGUAUCAGGAAGUGCAGCAGAUUCCACAAGGUCAAAACAAUGCACUAUUGAAACUAUCAAAUGGUGCAUCUAUGUUUUCAGGCCAUAAUGGUGCUCCACAUCCUGAGUUUUUGAAAAGGUUCCCAUUAAAGAAACAUAUUUAUGAUAACAUCUGCUCUCAGUUGAGGUGGGUUAUAAUAGAGUCCAUGGUUAGGCCUGAAGAAGUUCUUAUUGUGGAAAAUGACGAAGGUGAAAUUGUCAGAGAAUUUGUUAAGGAAUCAGACACCAUUCAGCUAUACAAAUCUGAAAGAGAAGUUUUGGUUUAUUUGACCCAUUUAGAUGUCUUGGAUACGGAAGAUAUUAUGUUGAACAAGUUGGCCAAACAAUUAGAUGGUUCUGAAUGGUCUUGGCACAAUAUCAAUACUUUAUGUUGGGCCAUUGGUUCUAUCUCUGGUACCAUGGAUGAAGAGACAGAAAAGAAGUUUGUUGUCACCAUCAUUAAAGAUCUUUUAGCUCUUACUGAUAAAAAACGUGGUAAAGAUAACAAGGCCGUUGUUGCCUCUAAUAUCAUGUAUGUUGUUGGUCAAUAUCCACGUUUCUUGAAGGCUCACUGGAAGUUCUUGAAAACUGUCAUACUAAAACUUUUCGAAUUUAUGCAUGAAACACACGAAGGUGUGCAAGAUAUGGCAUGUGACACUUUCAUUAAAAUCGUGCAAAGAUGUAAACAUCAUUUUGUUAUUCAACAGCCAAACGAAAGUGAACCAUUCAUUCAUGCUAUCAUUAGAAAUAUUCAAGAACACACCUCUGACCUUCAACCCCAACAAGUUCACACUUUCUACAAGGCAUGUGGUUUGAUUAUUGCAGACGAACGUAAUCCAGCGGAAAGACAAAGAUUGCUCAGUGACUUGAUGCAACUACCUAAUAUGGCUUGGGACACGAUUGUUCAACAGUCUGCUACCAACCCAGAUCUUUUGUUGGACCCUGAAACUGUCAAAAUUAUUGCUAAUAUUCUAAAAACAAAUGUGGCAGUUUGUUCAGCAAUGGGAGCUGAAUUUGUUUCACAAUUAGGCCGUAACUUCACUCCUAUGUUAUCCCUAUACUCUGCCGUUUCCGGUAUGAUUUCAAACCAAGUAGCUAAAGACGGACUUGUUGCCACUAAGACCCCUAAAGUCAGAGGUUUAAGGACAAUCAAAAAGGAAAUUUUGAAGUUAAUGGAAAUGUACAUCUCUAAUGCCAAAGACUUGAACAAUGUUGCCAAUGAAAUGGCUUCUCCACUCUUUGAUGCUGUGUUACAAGACUAUUUCAACAACGUUCCAGAUGCUCGUGAUGCUGAAGUGUUGAAUUGUAUGACUACAGUUGUUAACAAAGUGGGUCAUAUGAUUCCAGACGGUGUCAUUUUGAUUCUACAGAGUGUGUUCGAAUGUACGUUGGACAUGAUCAACAAAGAUUUCACAGAAUAUCCUGAACAUCGUGUAGAGUUUUACAAACUCUUAAAAGCCAUCAAUUCGAAGUCUUUCAAGGCUUUAUCUCAAUUACCACCAACUGCAUUUAAACUAUUCGUCGACUCUAUUUGCUGGGCCUUCAAACAUAACAACAGAGAUGUUGAAGUCAACGGGCUACAAAUUGCUUUGGACUUGAUCCACAAUGUUGAUGCCAUUAGUCCGUCCGAAUUUUCAAACUCUUUCUACAAGAACUAUUACUUCACUUUCAUUAGUGAAACCUUCUAUGUUCUAACCGACUCUGACCAUAAGUCUGGGUUCAGUAAACAAGCUCAUCUAUUGAUGAGUUUGAUUUCUAGAGUACAGGAAAACAAGAUUUCUGUUCCAUUGUACAAGGAAGACGAAGUUCCAGCAGGUACUACAAAUCAAGCUUAUCUUGCCAACUAUCUAGCUAACAUGCUAAGCAAUGCAUUCCCACAUUUGAGUUCUGAUCAAGUUAUGAACUUUAUCCAAGCUCUCAUCAAACAAUAUCACGAUCCAAAAUUGUUUACCGGUACUCUAAGAGACUUUUUGGUUCAAAUCAAGCAAUACGGUGGUGAUCCAACCGAUUACUUAUUCGCAGAAGAUAAGGAACAAGCUCUUGCUGAACAACAUAAACUCGAAAGAGAGAGAGCAGCCAAGGUCGGUGGUCUAUUGAAGCCAUCUGAAUUAGGCGAUGAUGAUGAUUAA